AUGCUUACAGAACGACGUCCUCCUCUGUGCUUAGUGCCCUUCACUGCUUUCCUCGUCCGCUUCUUCGCUCCUUCACACACACUCGCCCCACACGGACCCACCGCCAUGUCGGCUAUGCCUCCCCGAAAGCCACAGAGGGAGGAGGGCAGUGGGAAUGUAAACGCGGAAGACGUCCAAAAGCUCCCAUGGACGGCCUCGAGCGACGGCGGCGGCGCAGUCCACAAGUCCUGGAUGAUGAGCUACUGGGACGACCUGAUGAAUGAGGAGAUGGACAUGCGCCAUGCUCCCAUCCUCCUUCCGUGGCGCAUUGGCCUCUUCCUGCUGACGAGCACCAUCACUCAGAACAUGAACUACGUUCUCGACUCUUUUGCCACGAUGGGCUACUUAUCGUGGACGGAGGCGCAGCAGAGGCAAUUUUACUCGCUGUGCUACAACAUGCUCUACCUGGGCCCGGUGUUUGGUCUGAUUGUCGAUAUGAUUCGCGUGAAACGCGAGCGCUUCCGCCCCGUCAUCAUAAUCGCCUGCGUCAUCAACGCCAUUGUCUGCUUUGUCUGCUUUGCAACGAAGAACAUCCAAAACCAGUACAGCAGCGUGCUCGUGCUCGUCUGGAUUAUGCAGGUGGCGACGAUGUUCAUCUACAUGCCCAUGAACGCUGUCGUGAUUAACUACGGCAACCGCCUUGUGGAGUCGCCUGGUGAAACGUCAGCCCGUAUUGGCGGUCUGAUGGCGCAGGCGAUGGUGUGGCGCACGGCAGGCUCUCUGAUCCAGACCAUCUUCUACCAGUUUGCCUACGGCAACCCGGCGCAGCCGCACGUCAACAACCGCUGGAUGUGUCUUAUCGCUGGCAUCUGCUGCUGCGUGCUGAUUCUGCAGGUCCUCUUCCUCACGAAGCGGUACUACUACACGGACUACCGCAGGGUCGAUAUCCGCAACUCGGAGCCCGUUGCCUUCUACCGCAAUACGCUUAACGUGACCAAAAUGGCCAUUUCCCCUCACAAGGAGGCCUUUGGCGGGAAAUUCAUGUUCACCCUGUGCUUCACGUUCAUCUACUUUAUGCUGCCCGACGCGCUGAACAACACCAGGUUCUCCUUUGAAUAUCAGUUCACCAAAACCUUCUCGCUGGGUGUCAGCCAGGCAAACUCCAUCCUGGGCUCUCUCGGCGCCCUGCUCGGUGCACUGGCGUACGCGUUGUGGAUGUACUUUGCGCAGCGCUCCGAGUCCUCGCACGGUCGUCUGUUCCGUGCCAACCCCCUCCUUAUCUGCCUCGCCGGCUGCAGCGCCUGGGCCUUUGGGACCUUCUUCCACUUCUGGGGCGUGCUGGGCAGCACCAACAACAAGUUCAACUACAAGGUCUUCAUCCCCAUCGAGUCCGUCUUCGUGAACGCGUGCCUGCGCUUUGCCUUCAUGCCGACACUGUCGCUGGCUGCUAUGCACACGCCGCGCUUCUACGAAACGGCGGCUUUCCAGCUCUACAGUGUCAGCACCUCCGGUGGCGGCGUGGUGAGCAGUGCUGUCACGGCGGCCUUCAUGUCGAGCUUGGGUGUCACCACGGCGACGGGCUACUGGAAGGCGCUCCUUCUCUUCAUGGUGUUUAAGUUUGUUCCCGCGAUCAUUGCGCCAACGUUGCCCAAAUUUCGGGAGGACGAGACGCUCCCAGUGGCAGGGGAGCGCAAUCAGUCCCCAGACGAGGAGCAGGUGCAAGGGCAAGAGCUGCCCACCGCCAAUACUAAGUCCGUUGAUGUUCGUGUUGUGUAG